UUCGGAAAGUUUUUCGACUCCUUUGACGUGUCAAAAUCCGCUGUGUUUUGUAUUUUGCUGCGCGCCAAAUUGUAUUCUGACCCUUUUAAUGCGUGUUUUAGUGCUCAAAAGUUAGCAAUUUUAGUGGAAAAGUUUUCCUAAAGUGCCCUUGCAUCAUGAUUCAUUAGCAGUUUAUGUUUUUAUGGGCUAAAAGGCAAAAAUGAAUGGAAUCCGCCAAUAUUUCUCAUCCCAACCCAAGGACGGGGAGGUUGCAAGCCCUGAACCCUCCCAGAACCGCAAGAAAAUCCAGAAAAUUGUCAGCAACAUGGAGUCUGUGAUGAAAUCUGUCCGGAAGAAGAAGUCAAAGAAGAAGAGGCUGAAGGAGGAGGUUUCUGGGGAUGGAGACAUCACUGACAUAUCGAAUAUUCUAAGUUGCAGUCUGAAUCUUUUGUCGCCGAAGAAGUCACCGAGAAAAGGUAGGAAAAAACUUGAUAAUUUGCAUGCAAAUGAUUCAGAAGCUGGGACUGCCCUCAAUGGGCUCAAUGGACAUUCUGGGGAAUGUGGAGAUGUUGGGAUUGUGGAAGAUGCUCCAGUGAAGGGAGAGAUUGAAGAUCAGGAAAAUAUGGGCAAAAAGAAUGUUUUCCAAGUCUUGAUGCAAGCAGGAAAGCUCAUGACUUCUACCCCGAAUCCUCCUCCUCAGGAGAGAAAAAGGCGAUUCCCUGAAGAGUUUGCUGAAGAGGAUUCGGCUAAAGUGGUUAAGAGGGCCAAAAAGAGCCCGGAGAUUGGGGAAAAUGGGACAAAGGUGGAGGGUAGUGAGAAGAAACCAAAAUCCAGGAGGAAGAAACUCUUUGAAAUUGAAGUGGAGACUGUUGAGUUUCCCAGGAAGACUAAAGAGAAAGCUCAAGAAGAGACUGAAGCUAUUGAGAAUGGGAAAUGUGCUGAGGAACAGCCUAGGAAGAAAACCAAAUCCUCAAGGAGGAAGAAACUCCUUGAGCUGGAAGUUGAAGCUGUGGUUGUUCAGGAAGCUUCCAAGGUGGAAGAUCUCAAUACAGGGGUUGAAAUUGCUGAGGAAGUGCCUAAAGAGAAGAAAUCUGGGCGAAAGAGGAGGGUUAUGAGGGAUUCUUCUCCGGAAAAUGAGCUUCCGGAAGAGCUUCCAGUGAAUGGGAGGACUCGUAGGUCCAAGAGGACAAGGGAAGUGGAAGUUGAAGAAGAGGUUGUGGAAAUUGAAGUGGAUUCGCCGCAGACACGUCCUAGACGUUCCUGCCGGCAGAAGAUCCUCUCCUACAGCAUUGAUAUGACCUUCCUGGAUGACAGUCCGGAGAAGCUAAAAGCUAGCAGGAAGCCACGCGAGAAGCCCAAGACGGAGGUCAUCGAUGUGGAUGAGUCUCCGAAGAAAAAUGUCAAGCUAGCUCCGAUAUUCCUGAAGCCGCAAAAGGUAGAAGUUGAUCCGGAAGUUCUCAAAGCGAGGCAGGACUUUCUCAUGUCCGGAAUUCCGGAAAAGAUGAGGCAACUCAUUGAUAAACAGAGAGCUGUGGAAGAGGAAUUUGAACUGAAUCAGUUUCCUGAGAUAUCACAUGUUACUCAGGCCGAUAAUGCCCUUCCGGAAAGCCUAAUCACCUGGAGAUCCAAGAAAAUUGAGCUUAGUUUUUUCGAAGAAAAAGAUUUCCAAGAAAAUCUUUCUUCAAAUCGCCAAAUAUCUCUGAUAAAUCGAAAUUCCGAUAAGCCAAGGUCAGAAAAUCCCUUUCCGGAAAGUGAUACUUUGACAGAUUCUCAGAAAUCGAAGAUCCUCAAGCAGCUGAAGAAGGACUUUGACAACUUCCCGACAAACAGAGCUUACAACUUCUUCCGGAAGAGGCAGGAGUCUCAGAACUUCGACUCAAGUGUUCAAAUCAUCGGAGAUGAUCUUUCCGGAAAUCUCCUCUUCACAGAUAAAUAUCGCCCUGAAGCCACGGGUGAUUUCCUCGUCAACAGCGCUCCAGCGCAGGAAUUGAAGACCUUCCUGGAGUCCUUCCAAAGUGACUCAUCGCGCUUCAAUGGUACUUUUGAGAGUCUCAAUGAAGACUCCUGCAGCAAUUACGGGAAUUCCUGCUGCGUCGUCCUUUCCGGACCUUUCGGAAGUGGCAAGAGCGCCGCUGUGGCCGCCGUGGCAGCCGAACUAAACUUCAAUGUUUUGGAAAUCAAUGCGGGGAUGAAGAGGACAGGGAAGAAGCUCCUGCAGGACCUUCAGGAAGCCACACAAUCCCACAAAGUGGGAAGAAGUGAAGAUACAGCCCAGCGCUUUUCGCUGAUCCUCGUGGAAGAUGCUGAAAUUGCCUUUGAGCAGGACGAAGGCUUCAUCAGUGCAAUCCAUCAAAUUGUAGCUGACUCCAAACGCCCUGUAAUCCUGACCACAUCAGAGCCCAAUUGCUCUCACUUGGAAAAAUUCACAGCGAUGAAUGUGAUUCACUUCGAGCCUCCACGGUCUGACCACAUCUCCAAGUGGCUGACGCUGAUGGCUCUGGCUGAAGGAGUUCAGCUUCCAGAAGCCGACAUCAGCAAUCUCUAUCAGUUCAAUGGUCAGGAUAUCAGGAAGACCACGAUGGAUUUGGAGUUCUUUGCGAGAUCGCGAGCAGGAAAGGAUCUCAAUGGAGCUGUAACAGGAGCAGGAUUGAGGAAUACCUCCUGGGAUAGUUUAUGGAGCAACAGUUCCAAAUGGUUGGAGGCUGCUGGAGAUGAAGGAAAAGUUGAGGACUUUGCAGAGUUCUAUGACUUUGUGGCGAACAGUGAAAUGGUCAGGAGUCGAACUGAUGAUGAAGAUCUCUCGCUGAGCCUUGUGGAAGGAGCAAUGCAGAUGAGGGGUAUCAGUUUGGACGGAUACGAUCAUUUCAAGAGACCAAGGCAAAUUGAAAGAUCUUGUCUGAGUUCAGUAACGAACGAAAGAUCUCGGCAUCUGGAUUACGAACCGAUUUUGAGGUCAAUUUGCAGGAGCGAGCAGGAGAAAGCGUCCAGGGAGAGGAAGUCCUCGAGGUUCUAUCACUAUUUGAGGCAAAUUGUUAACGCUUCGAAUGAGGACUUUUUGAAACACUGUACAAUUUUUUCUGAAAAAGCUUAAAGUUAUUAAAUAUAAUGCUCGAGAAAACCCA